AUUUGAUGUGACAGAAUCCGAAAUACGAUAGUAGAGAUUUAAAAAAUGUCGAGAAAGUCCCCAAGUCUUGUCGAAUAUUUCGCAGAGCGUGAAAAACACAAAUGCGGCUACUGCAAGAGUCCUGAUACAAACUGUAGCCAUGGCAUGUGGGCAUAUACCUUAAAAGUUCAAGACUAUCAGGACCUUAUCGAUAGAGGCUGGAGGCGCAGUGGCAAUUAUUGUUACAAACCUAUAAUGGACCAGACUUGUUGUCCCAUGUAUACUAUCAAAUGUGAAGCAUUGGAAUUCAAAAUAUCUAAGUCGCAAAAGAAGCUAAUGAAAAGAAUGUCCAAGUUCUUGAAAGGUGAAUUGAAAAAGAAUGAUACAGCACUUUGUGAUGAAUUUGUUCAAGACGACUCAGAUUCCCGUCUUAUGGAAGUUCAGAAUUGUGCUGAACAAGUUGAAAGAGCACGUAAUAAUGCUACCAAUAUUGACGUGUCUCUAAUUGCUGAUACACUUGAUCUAAGAUUACCUUCCCCGACGAAUUCCACCAAUAGUCAGAGUAUAACUGAAAGCAGUUAUUCUGCUGCUAAGGUAAAACAUGAUACAAAUCUUACCCCGAUGUCCUCUACUAGUAAAGAUUAUAAGUCAGGAAUGGGUGUUGACCAAAGUAAGCCACCACCUAAGAAGGCAAAAAUUAUACGACUGGAGCGUAAACAGAAUAAAUUAUUGUCAAUGGGAAAAUCAACAACAGAAAUUAAUGAAAUAUUAAACCAGGGAAAAUCAAUAGCUGUUGGCAAAACGUUGGAGGAAUUAUUUCAUGAAGAAAAUGUGGGACAGAAGAAACUAGAGUUGCGGCUUGUUAGAACCUCACCAAUGAGCAGUGAGUAUAUCAGCACUUCGCAGCAAAGUUACGAAUUGUACAAAAAAUAUCAAAUGGCAAUACAUAAGGACCGAGCUGAGCAGGUUACGCAACAACAAUAUACAAGGUUCCUUGUAGAAUCACCUUUACAGGAAUGGGUCCCAGCUGAUGGCCCACCACAAGGAUAUGGAUCUUUUCAUCAGCAAUACUGGCUUAACAAUCAACUAAUUGCUGUUGGUGUAAUAGAUAUCUUACCAUCAUGCAUUUCCAGUGUGUACUUCUUUUACGAUCCAAUUUACUCACACAUCUCUCUAGGAACAUAUGGUUCUCUUCGAGAAGUGAUGUUAACAAGGCAGUUGAAUAAAUUAGUUCCAAAUCUGAAAUAUUAUUACAUGGGUUUCUAUAUUCAUACAUGCCCAAAAAUGCGAUAUAAGGCUGGACUACGUCCAUCAAAACUAUUAUGCCCAGAGACAUAUGUAUGGUGUGACAUUGAAAACUGCCUGCCAAAGUUGGACAAAGAAAAAUACAGCAGACUGAAUGAAGAUCUAGAUGCUAUUGAUCAAAACUUGAGCAAUGAUAUCACACAAGUAUCAGUUUGUUACAACAGAAAGAUCAUACCCUACCAUAUUUACAAAAAACAAGCACAUUCGUCAGCUGAUGAAGAUGAAAUCAGGGAAUACAGUCACCUUGUAGGAACAAGGUGUGCACGAAACUUGGCCCUUUAUCGCAGAUGAUCAAAUUGCCACAUAAUAUAGCAAAGGAUAUUUAACAGUUGGAACAGGUACGGAUGUUGCAGGAGCAUCAGCUGGUGUUGUAACAUCAUUCCAUGGUUGAACUUCUCCGCUU